AAAAACUUAGAUAUUGGGAAGGCAGGGCAUCAGUCAACCUUUGCAGCUCAGACAGUUCAAAGUGAAAAUGAAGCAGCUCGUCGUUCUAAUGUGCCUGGCGGCCGUCACCGCAGCAGUACCCCAGGGAUACAAGUACCAGCCCCAGGCGCCUGUCCUUCCCGUAGGCAACCUUCGUCCGCAGACUCCCGUGUCGGCAAGUGGAAUAUAUGCAGGUGCCGCCGUGUCAACCCAGAUCAAUGUCCAGGCCCAGCAACAACCCAUUCAGGCUGUGCAGACCAUCGCUCCUGCUUCCUUACCAAUCGGCCUACCACAGCAGCCUGCCAUCAGUUCUCUACCCCAGCAAAACCUGAUCAGCACCGUCCAGCAGCCUCAGCAGGUCGUCUACCAACAGCAGCCGCAGCAAAUCCUUCAGCCCCAGUACGUCCAGCGUCCCGCAAUAGUGACGAAGGACAUUUACAUCCACUCCGCUCCCGAGGAGACUGAGGAGCUUCGGCAAGAGGAGCCACAGCUGGAGAAUGUCCCCAUCCGCAAGAACUACCGCAUAGUUUUCAUCAAGGCUCCGUCCCAAAACCUGAAGUACACCGCCGCCGCCCUGAAGCGGGCCCAGUCCAGCAACGAGGAGAAGACCGUAAUUUACGUGCUCUCCAAGAAGCCUGAUCUUACAGAGAUCCAGCAGCAGUUGCAGGUCACUCAGUCCGAAGCCAAGGUUCACAAGCCAGAGGUCUAUUUCAUCAAGUACAAAACCCAGGAAGAGGCCCAGCGCGCCCAGCAGGAGAUCCAGGCCCAGUACGACGCGCUGGGCGGUGCCACUCAUAUCUCGGAUGAGGGCGUGGCGCCCAUCACCAGCGUUUCCAGUGGUUCCCUCAACUUGGGCAGCUUUGCGCCCCAGCAGUCCCAGGUUGCCACCGUCGUCCAGCCCCAGGCGCAAUCAGUUGUUCAGUUGCCUGUUUUCAACCAGGGCAUCCAGCAGCAGAACUCCUUUGUGCAACAAUCCACCGCUUCCUUUACACCCUCGGCUCCGUCCAGGAAGUAUGUGCCAGCUAAGACUUUCAAAUAAGUUUUAUCUACUUCUCAAACGAUCGCUUCCAUUUUGAUUUUAUUCACUGUAUUCUAACUCAUUUUAAUUUAUUUAAUUGCAAAAGUAAAUAAAAUAAAGAAACUUAUCAAGUGAAA